GGCACAGAGUUGUAAUUUAUGUUUCGUACUUUAGCCGGUAGAGUGCACUUAGGUAUCAUUCAGUGAAAAAUGACAGCGAAAAUACAAAAACAGUACGAAGCACGUGUUUUAUCUUUUGUAUUAAAGUUAUAAGAAACAUAUUAAUCGGAAAAAUAUGGCUAAUGAAAUAAUGACAGACGAGAAAGUAAAAGACGUAGAAAGUACAAAAACAGAUUUUUUGGUCUUAGGUUCUAAAAGUCACAAGAAAAAACGUGAAGUUAAAAGAGUAUUGCCAAAUUGGUUAGCGGAUCCAGAAAAAAUAUCUGCUGAUUUAAAUAGUGGUCCAACAUUGGAUGAAGUGGAUUUAUUAGACUCACAACUCAUUGAAAUUUUAAAGGCAAAUGGAAUCGAUAAAUUAUUUCCGAUUCAAGCUAGUAUAUUAGCUUGGUUAUCGAAAUCCGAGGAGGAUAGAAAAUUAGGAUGGUGGCCACGAGACAUUUGUGCUUCUGCACCAACAGGCAGUGGUAAAACCUUGGCAUAUGUAUUACCGAUUGUACAACAAUUGCAAUUUAGGUUAGUACCAAAAAUACGUUGCUUAAUCGUAGUUCCAGUGCAAGAACUGGCUGUACAAGUUCACAAAGUUGUGGUCACUUAUACAUCUUAUACAAAUUUAAAAGCAGGUUUGAUUACGGGUGCCUCAUCUUUUGAACAGGAACAAAGUAAUAUAAUAAGGAAAACUCUUUCUGAUGAGUAUAUAAGUAGAGUAGAUAUAUUGAUUGCUACGCCAGGUCGUUUAAUUGAUCACAUAUUAAAAACUCCUGGCUUUUCCUUAGAAUCUCUUCGUUAUCUCGUUAUAGAUGAAGCAGAUCGUGCAACUGAGUGGUUACAGUAUAUUCCUGAACCUCACUCAGGUGCACCGCCAUUAACUUUGGAAAAUUUAUCUUCAAGUCCUCCAUUUGCGCAAAAAUUAUUGUUCAGCGCAACUUUGUCGCAAGAUCCACAGAAACUUCAUCAAUUUAGACUCUUUCAACCGAUACUCUUUACAUCGGUAAUAGUUUCUGAUAAAGAUACUGAUGUAAAUUUGGAUGAGGAAAUAGGGAAUUUUGUAGGACGUUACACGAGUCCUGAAGAAUUAAAAGAACGUGCAGUCGAGUGUUCCCCAGAAUUUAAACCGAUCGCACUUUAUCAAGUUUUAGUACGAAAGAAUACUAUUCCUAAGACUUUGGUAUUUACUAAUUCUAUUGAAUCGGCACACAGAUUAUCAUUACUAUUGCAAUUACUUUUAUCCAAGAAUAAUGUCGUUGUUAGAGAACUUUCUAGCAGAAUCGUAGCCAAGCAACGUGAGGAGAUUCUCAAUAAAUUUGCUUUAAAUGAAAUUAACGUUCUUGUUAGUACAGAUGCAUUAGCUAGAGGCAUAGAUAUACCAAAUAUUCAAUUAGUCGUAUCGUAUGAUCUUCCAAAGCAUAUUAAAGGAUAUAUACAUAGAGCUGGAAGAACAGGACGUGCGGGGAAAUCUGGUGUUGCAAUGUCUAUUCUUACACACAAUCAAAUAGGAAUAUUUAAACAGAUGUUGAGUUCUGUUCACAAAACAUUACCAAAAGUGAAACAAAUGGAAUUAAAGGAUAUCGCGGAUACGUUAGAUUAUCAGAAUCAUCUUACUAAAUUAAAAGAUCUCUUGGAGGAAGAAAAGGUCAUUACUUUGAAUCGAAUAAAAGGAAAAAAACGGAAAUACAAUCAAGAAAAGAAAAAUAAAUAAUGUUUAUAUCUUGA